AUGCGUUGCUAUCUUCGGAUCCCGCCACUGCUGCCACCAAACUUUGUGCCACGGCUAUGGAACGCCGCCAUUGCUCCCCUCCCCACCACCACCGCCCUCAUCGCCGAACUGAGGAGAUCCACGUGUCAGUGGUCCCGGUCAGAAGGGACACGUGUCACCGAACCCCUCUUAAAUCUAGGAGUAGUAGUAGUAGUCGCCAGCACCUCCUCGCCCCUAUCCCCCAUCCGUUUCCCUCGCCGCCGACGAGUCCCCGCCGCCGGCUGCAGCCCAGGUAUGGAGGAAUCCGACGCGGCGGCCGCAAGCGCCAAGGCCCCCAACGGCGAGGCCUCCGGUGGCGGCGGCCGACCGGUGGAGGUGGAGGACACGCUCCCCGGCGUGCUCCGCAGCUUCGUCGACGGCGUCUGCUCGCAGGGCGGCGGCGGCGGCGGAGGGGAGCCGCUGCUGCGGAGGAUCAGGGCGGCGUCCUGCGAGACCGCCCCGCGGCUGCGCGAGGCGUCGAGGAACUCGGCGCGGGACCUGCUCGAGUGGACCAGAAGGGGCAGCGGCCUCCGCGCCAUCCUCGUCAUCUCGGUUGGAACGAUCACACUUAUUGCAUUGACUGGCCUUCUAAUCUUCAUGUUCUUCCUGCUGGUUGCAACCACCAAUGCUGUUGUUGUUUCCGUCCUGAUGUCGCUGGCAGCUGCUGGAGGAUUCCUGGCUAUGUUCUUUGCUUGCUUGGUUGCAGUGUAUAUUGGAGUAGUAUCAGUUGCUGUUUUUGUCAUUUCCGCCACAGUCAUCUCAGCAAUUGUCGGCGUCAUGAUUGCUACUGGUUGGCUUGGAUUCUUUUGGAUGAUUUGGUUUGCUGCAAGGAAGAGCAUGGACCUCACGAAGCACUCGAUCGGCGUGACAAAUUCGGCUAUCCAGUCAUACUCUGCUUCUCGCCAUGCAAAGCAGAAGCCUAUCGACUGAGGCGAUCUGUGAUUCGGUUGUGAGCUAUGUGGCUGCCAUAUCGUCUACGAGUUAUGUGCUGUUGUCUAUGCCUCUAUGUGAAUUACGGCUUGUCUAGUUUUUGGGAGUGUAUAGAACAUGCAUUGUAGCAGAGUACAGCUAUGGAUGAUCUCUCUGUAUAUUGGUACUUUUUAGUGUGAGGCACUCUCUGAAACCUCUCUAGUUUGUAUGAUUUGGCACCGUAGUUGGUAUAUGGAAUAAGCUGUGCUGCAAAGCACUUGUUCGUUCUC